GGCGGAGUCUCGUCGCUCUGAGAGCGAAAUCCCGCGCCGGCCAGGUCUCGCGGCCUCGGCGGCGCGUACUAAUUACGCACCGUCCUCCUUCCUUUCUCUCUGCUGCCGUCGCCAAGAUGCCGAAGGGGAAGAAGGCCAAGGGCAAGAAGGUGGCCCCGGCCCCGGCCGUCGUGAAGAAGCAGGAGGCCAAGAAGGUGGUAAAUCCCCUCUUCGAGAAGAGGCCCAAGAACUUUGGCAUCGGACAGGACAUCCAGCCCAAAAGGGACCUCACCCGCUUUGUCAAAUGGCCCCGCUACAUCCGGCUGCAGCGGCAAAGGGCCAUUCUCUACAAGCGGCUGAAAGUGCCCCCCGCCAUCAACCAGUUCACCCAGGCCUUGGACCGCCAGACCGCUACACAACUGCUCAAGCUGGCCCACAAGUACAGACCGGAGACCAAGCAAGAGAAGAAGCAGCGGUUGCUGGCCCGGGCCGAGAAGAAGGCUGCUGGCAAAGGGGACGUCCCCACCAAGAGGCCACCUGUCCUUCGAGCAGGGGUUAAUACCGUCACCACCCUGGUGGAGAACAAGAAGGCCCAGCUUGUGGUGAUUGCACACGAUGUGGACCCCAUCGAGCUGGUCGUCUUCCUGCCUGCCCUGUGUCGGAAGAUGGGGGUCCCCUACUGCAUCAUCAAGGGCAAGGCAAGGCUGGGGCGCCUGGUCCACAGGAAGACUUGUACCACCGUCGCCUUCACACAGGUUAACUCGGAAGACAAGGGCGCCCUGGCCAAGCUGGUGGAAGCUAUCAGGACCAACUACAACGACAGAUACGACGAGAUCCGCCGUCAUUGGGGAGGCAACGUGUUGGGUCCCAAGUCCGUGGCUCGCAUCGCCAAGCUGGAAAAGGCGAAGGCUAAGGAACUGGCCACCAAGCUGGGCUGAGCGUGUGCUGUCGUGUCUUGUGUACAUAAAAA